UACUAUAAAAAACUUAGAGUUAAUUGUUUAAAUAUAUAUUUAUGGCCAGUUUGUUUUUUAAAACUCCAGUUGAUGUAGAUAUCCGUUUAGAAGGGGAAGAUAGUAGGAAAAUGGUUGAUAUUAAGGUGGGAAAAGACCGUAAACAAAAGGCACCUCUUUAUUAUGAUGGAGAGUCUGUUAAAGGAUCGGUUACGUUAAGACCCAAGGAUGGAAAACGUAUGGAACAUUCAGGUAUUAAGGUUCAAUUCAUUGGAAGCAUUGAAAUGUUCUUUGACAGAGGAACACAUUAUGAAUUUCUUUCUUUAGUUCAAGAAUUAGCAGCGCCUGGUGAAAUGAGACAUUCUCAGACGUUUGACUUUGAAUUUAAAAAUGUAGAAAAACAAUAUGAAAGUUACCAUGGAAUUAAUGUAAAAUUAAGAUAUUUUAUUCGUGUGAUUAUAUCAAGAAGAAUGCCAGAUAUUGUAGGUGAAAAAGAUAUAUGGGUUUAUUCAUAUAAAAUGCCACCUGAAAACAAUAGUUCUAUUAAGAUGGACGUGGGAAUUGAAGAUUGCUUACAUAUUGAAUUUGAAUAUUCAAAAUCCAGAUAUCAUUUAAAAGAUGUAAUUGUUGGCAAGAUUUAUUUUCUUUUAGUGCGAUUAAAGAUUAAACAUAUGGAAUUAUCUAUUAUUCGAAGGGAAACAACAGGAUCAUCACCAAAUCAAUAUAACGAAAGUGAAACGGUAAUUCAUUUUAUUAAAAAAUCUAUAAAAUCAAUGUUUAAUGAAUUAAAAAAGAUAUCUAGAUUUGAAAUUAUGGAUGGUCAGCCAGUUCGUGGGGAAACUAUUCCAAUACGACUUUUUCUUGGAGGAUUCGAUUUGACACCAACUUUUCGUGAUGUUAAUAAAAAGUUUUCUACACGCUAUUACCUUUCAUUGGUUUUAAUUGAUGAAGAUGGACGUCGGUAUUUUAAACAAUCUGAAAUUACGCUAUACAGAAUUGAUUAGAUAAUAAAUACACCAAUCCUAGUUGACAUUUUUCAAGUUUUCCAUUACUCUUGUAUAAUUUUUAUUUUUUUGAUAAAGUCUUAUAAAA